CUCUGCUGGCUACUAUGACUAAAACCUUUUUUUCUGUCUCGUUUUUAGGGAAAUCUUCUCUUGGAAUGGCACUCUUUCGUCUGGUUGAACUGUCUGGAGGGUGCAUUAAAAUUGAUGGAGUGAAAAUAAAUGACAUUGGUUUAGCAGAUCUUCGCAGCAAACUCUCAAUAAUUCCUCAGGAACCUGUGCUGUUCAGUGGUACUGUGAGGUCAAACUUAGAUCCUUUCAAUCAAUAUAGUGAGGAACAAAUCUGGGAUGCUUUGGAAAGGACUCACAUGAAGGAGUGUGUUGCCCAGCUGCACAUGAAACUUGAAUCAGAAGUGAUGGAAAAUGGGGAAAACUUUUCAGUCGGGGAGAGACAGUUACUGUGCAUAGCUAGAGCUCUGCUGCGUCGCUGCAAG